UCACAUAUGACAUUCCGGACAAAGAGGCUUUCUUCAUUCUGUCAAUAAAUGAAUGGGAGUCGAUGAGAACCACACAGAAGAAAAGGCAGUUCAGCACACUUAACUGGACUAAUAUCAUUUCCAGGGGCAUUCGUACAGUCCAACCCUAUUGCAGUUUUGGAUUUAAGCGGCACAGUGUAAAAACUAUUGGCUCCAAAUCCUCCGCUCCAUUAUUUCAAUGUGAAGGGUACUGCCUUUUCCAGGACUGCCCAGUUAAGGUCAAGGUUAAGAUUUUGGAUGAUUCCACACUCAGGGCUGGAGUGCUGUUUGAAGGUGGUGGUGUCUGCCACAAAAAGACAGAAAUCAAAGCAAGGCCAAUCAGGGCUGAUGACAGGAGAACCUAUGCAGCAGUUCUCAAUUUCAAAAUGCCACGCCAAGUCUAUCUUUCUAAACUGAAUGAGCUUGAGCAGGAUGUCUUUGAGGCAGGAUGUAGGGACAAAGCACCACCGUGUGGUGUUUUGAAAACAAUCUCCUGGGAAGUAAAAAGAAAUACAUGGCUGGACGAAAAUGAAAUGACAAGUCUUCAGAUAAUGUUAGACCAGCAAAAACAGAAUGAUGACAAAAUCCUCCAGAAGGUCCUACUGGAACCCAAAGGGGUGAUGCUAUGGUCAAAGAGAUCUAUGGCCGUUUUUGCAGAAAGAGCCAAAGAGGACAUAGUUUAUCUGGAUGCCACAGGAAGCAUUUUAAAGAAGAGCACAGGGGAGAGUGGACCAUAUUACAUAUAUGAAAUUGUAGUCCGCAACCCAACAAAAGGACGUUCCCCUCUUCCUGUAGCCACAUUUGUGACCUGUGAGCACACCACAGCCUCCCUGUCAUUUUUCUUGGGUUCCUUCAUGACAGAUUGCACCAGAUCAUAUGGACCGAACAUACGGAAGCGUCCCGUUAUGUUCAUAUGUGAUGGAUCUAUCGUACUCAUGCAAGCAAUUGCGUAUAAUCUGUGUGGACUUAGUCUGUCACAGUUGAAUACCCAGUACUAUAGAAUAGUAAUUGGUCAGGCCACAGAGGUUGCAUGUAGACUCCCCAUUCUACAUCGAUGCCUCAGCCAUGUCAUGAAGAAUGCCCAGACCUUUAGCAAGAAACAGUGAGUAACACCUUUUAUGUAUUUGUUCCUUUCUUUUUUUUUUUCCAAUUACUCAGUCAAUUGUUUUCACAGUGCACCACAACUCUAUCAACUGUCGAUGCAUCUUCUUGGGACCAUGACACAAGCCUCCAGCCUACACCAACUUGACGACAUUGUUACAAGUGCUGCUGUUGUGUUUUCUAGUCCUUGCAAUGGUACAAACGUUAAUCUGCACUUCCAUAAGCUGCAGAAUCUAAUGAUGGCUUCCAAAAAUGAAGACGCUGAAAUCAAUGAAAUGGAAGAAGACAUCUUGGAUGACAUUUUUCUGGAGCCCUUUCAUGUGCAUUUCCAAAAUAUCAUCCAGAAUGCACCACUCGAUCAAGAAGGGGAGGCCAAUGUCUACCACUGUCCUGAUUAUAUGGCAAAGUUGCUGAGACACUUUCUGCCAUAUGCUGCUUUAUGGAGUGGUAUGCUUCUUGGCAAUCUUGGUCGUCAUGGCAGUGGUCCCAUCUAUGAGUUACUGUCAAACAAAUUCUGCAAAGCAUCAGAAAAGGACACGCAAAACUACACUAGAGACAACAGGACUCAAGGAAUAAUGGAGAAGAGCCAGUGGGAUUUAAAGAGAGUGCGGUUUUGUGGCAAGAAAGUUGGGCGUAUGGACGAGUUUGUUCAACAACAUAUGCAAAUGCACAGUGCUCUGCUGAGGGAGUAUGAUGACUCUUUAAAGAUAUCCAAGAAGAGACACAGGGUUGAAGAAGAGGUAUGGAAAGAUAAGGGCCAGAAAACCAAAAGGAGGACGGGCCUUUAUGUCAAACCACUAUCUUCACCUUUCCAAAAUGUCCAUGAAAAGCAGGAGAAACAGACACUCUCUCAGUCACCGUUGUGCACCCAUCAGACAGACACUCAUUCCAGUCCUGUGUCAUCUGAGCCACGUCCGACAUCAUUCCGUAUACAGCAGCCUGAAACUUCUGCUCCUCCCAUGUCCACAGAGCUUGCCUGCCUGUGGCAGAAGAAGAGUACGGAAGUGGUAGUUGCCUCAAUACCAACACAAAUCAGAGGGUCAAAUAUGCUCAUUCGCCACAGUGAGAUCCUUUCUCUGAGACCACACCACUGGCUCACUGGAGAGGUGAUUGAGGGACUAUUCCACCAGUCCAGUAAUGAGUUCAAAACGACAAAUUCUGUAUACGUUCUGAACCAUUAUACAGCUGGCGUCAUUCUUCAUGGAGACCGGACAGAGUUGAGCCGUCACCGCCUCUCAAAGGUGAACUUUGACAACUACAAGGCUGCCAUUUCGUUUGUGAACCUACAGAGGAAUCAUUGGAAUCUGCUGUACAUUGUCCCAGCUAUCAGUUCUGUAUUUUUGGUGGACCCUGCUCAAAAUCCAUCUGAAGCUGAGCAAUCUGAAAAAGCAGCCAAAAAAGUGCAGGAUUACUUCAAAAUGAGAAAGACCUUUGGCUUGCAUGAUUGGAGCACACCAAAAUGGAAGGGAGCAACCAUGCCACAUCCUGUGCAGCAGGACAGUGACAGUUGUGGCGUAGUUGUCACUUUGAUUGCCAGGGAACUGAUGAGGUGUUUUCCUCUCUUGCCCCAAAUGACAUUUGGAACAUCUCGGAAUGAAAUGGCAGCCGUCAGACAAAAACUGGCAGAAACGCUUCUCUCUGACUCUGUGUUUGACUGUGAUAGCAACUGUGCAAUGUGCUCCUUAUCCACGCCUCCAGGUUCCAGUGCCCCAGUCACAAAUUGG